CGGGGCAUGUUUAAAACUGAGCACAUCCUGACUCAUAUAAAGUCUGUUUCACUGAGGAUUGCUUGCAGAACUGGGUCAUCAAGGGAACUCGAUGAGUGCACGUUCAUGUUUCCAGCGACCGCUUGAGUUUUUACAAUAGCACCACCACUGAGGGGAAAAAAACUCUAUUGGGCAUCUUUAAAGAUGAUCAGCAUUGAGGAUAAAUGGAAGGGAAUGGCACGUCCAUCUUUGCCCUCGUCGAUGGACUCCACUUUACCAGGAAUAUCCCGGCAGGUCCUGUCCGUGUCCAUGGAACAUAAAUAUCAGUGCCAGAAGUGUAAAGAAGUUCUGAGGAAGCCUUUCCAGGCGCAAUGCGGACAUCGCUUUUGCGUGUACUGUUUUAAACAACUCACCAGCUCCGGGCCCAUCCCUUGUGAAGCCUGCCGUGACGAGGGAAUAUUUGAAGAAGAGCACUCGAUACUCGACUUUGCUGUGGCUUUUCCAGACAAUGCGGCGCGAAGAGAAAUCGAUGGUCUGCCUGCGAAAUGCCCGAACGAUGGCUGCACCUGGUCAGGAACAUUGAAAGAUUAUGAGGGGCAACACGAAGGCCGUUGUGAAUUUGAGCGUGUAACGUGUGAAGCGUGUCAACUCCUCAUCCUUCUCAGCGAGAAAGACCGCCACAACGAGAGAGAGUGUGAAGCCAGAACCCUUAACUGCAAAUACUGCAAAGUCUCCUUCAGCUUCAAAGAUAUUAAGGCGCAUGAUGAAAUCUGCCAAAAAUUCCCAAUGCAGUGCAAAGACUGUGGUAAAAAGAAGAUCCCUAGAGAAAAGUUUCAAGAGCAUAGCAAAUCAUGUGCAAAGUCCAAGUCGGCCUGCCAGUUCAGUGAAAUUGGCUGCAGAGUCGUGGUGGACAACGGAAAACAGCAGGAGCAUGAACAGAACAGCGUGAUGGAGCACUUGCGUCUCAUGCUGGCCGUGCUCUCGUCGGUGCGCGUGCGCUCUGAUGCGGCCGCAGGAGAAUGGCAGGAGGACUCAGGUUUCGGCCUGUAUCGUGGCCCCGAAGACGCCGCUCUUCCCGGCGGCGCCCAGGCCGCCGCUGGAGCCCCCGGAAUGCAGCAGAAAAUGACGGCGCUCGAGAACAUUGUGUGUGUGCUGAACAGAGAGGUGGAGCGCACGGCUCUCACGCUCGAAGCUCUCGGACGCCAGCACCGGCUCGACCAGGAGAAGAUCGAAAACUUAUCCAACAAGGUGCGCAUGUUGGAGCGGACGUUAAACAUGCGAGAUCUACAACUGGCCGAAUCGGAACAGAAUUUACGAGAGCUGCAGUUUUGCACUUACGACGGAGUGUUCAUUUGGAAAAUUUCGGACUUCUCACGCCGCAGGCAAGAUGCGCUGGCUGGUCGAGCGCCUGCCAUGUUCUCACCAGCGUUCUACUCCAGUAAGUACGGCUAUAAGAUGUGUUUGAGGCUGUACCUGAACGGUGACGGUUCGGGCAGAGGCACUCACCUCUCCCUGUUCUUUGUGGUGAUGAGAGGGAAAUAUGACGCUCUGCUCAAGUGGCCCUUCAGCCAGAAGGUAACUCUGAUGCUUUUGGACCAGAAUAACCGGGAGCACAUCAUCGACGCUUUCAGACCUGACAUCAGCUCCACGUCUUUCCAAAGACCCAUCAGUGAGAUGAACAUCGCCAGCGGCUGCCCACUCUUCUGCCCCCUGGCCAAGCUGGCAGGAAAGAGCUCCUACGUCAGAGAUGAUACAAUUUUUAUUAAAGCGAUCGUAGAUCUCACUGGGCUUUAAACACGCAUAAAAUAUAUAAGCCAGGCUACAGCUUUGUGAUUAUAGUAGACCUGUAUACUAACCAGGUCCUGCUUUGAGUCUUGGGCUCUUUCUCCCAGCUUAUCUUAUAUAUCUAGUUUAUCUAGUCUAUCUAUAUGAGCACUAAUCAAUCUAUAUGAGAACAUCAAUAGCAUAAAUCACAAGAAGAUAGCUGUAUUAAUAAUUAUUUUUAUUUAAUAUGACAAUUACUAGGUCUGUCUGUGAAAGACGAUUUGAUGUAAUUGGUCAUGCAUAUGUAAUUUUUUUAUAUAUAAAAAUAAUUAAUAUAUUAUAUAUAAUUUAAAAUACGUUAAUACAGCAAACUAUUAUUAAUAGAUUAUAUAACUAUAUAUAAAAUAGCACUGUAGAAAAAUGAUCAUAGAUCUGCAGUGUGAAAUAAAACAACAUACACUUUAGUUUUGUGGUUAUUAUUUACAACAUGCACUGUACAGGUUUCGCUCAACAUAUUCCCGUCGGUUCCUGACUUUUCCAGUCCCUACACGAUCGUGGAAAUGAACACAAAAUCGAGCACAAAAUAUUCAGAGGAGCUGGCAAUUUUUCACAUUUACAGCAGAUUUUCCGCCGAUCUGGGCAAAGACGCAUCAUGUGACAUGGUCACAUUCAGAAGAUUCGCGUGCGUCGAACAUCAGUGCACUUAAAAGGUCUCAUUUACUGACAAACAUCACUGUGAAAGGACCAAAAAAAAAAAAACCCACUCUUGGUUGCAAAAAUCCCCCCCCCAAAAAAAACCCUCUGCAAAAACCUGUAAGGACUGCUUUUUAUAUAUGCUGUAUACUUAUACACCUAAAACGGAUGAAUAAAAUACGAAUUAAUAAAAUAGAUUUUUUUUUUUUUUUUUUUAAAAAGAGGGAAGAUGGAAAAUCUUAUCAAUCCAACAUGCUUGUAUUGUACUUUUUUUUAUAUUCAAAAGUGAUUUUUAUUUAAUACAGGCUUGGGCAUUGCAGGAAUGCACAAUUAUGAGAAUUGCAGAGCUGUUAAUGUCUCCCAAACCUGUAGAAAAUAAAUCUGCAUGAUUGGGAUGAUUUAUACUAACAUCUAAUCCUAUGUUCUCAUUGUUAAAGUGCAUAGGGUGUGGGAAUGUUCACUGAACAUGGUGACCGUAGCAUGAUCAGAAUGGUUGAGUGGCUACUAUAAUGUAGUUUAAUUAACUCCGCUUCUUAUUUAACUGCUGAGUAGGCAAUAUGUAUUGGGUAAAAUAACCUAUAAGCAAGGCUAUUAAUUUGUAUUUUACAUAAUCUUACUUUUCAUCCAUCUAGUUACAGAUGAACUUGCGUUACGGUCAACUUCAGGACUCUCCAUACCCCUUGUGAGCACAAAAAAGAAUGAAAUAUUGCACACAUUGAUUUUAUAUUACUGGAUUUACAGGCUAGUAAUAUUAUAAUGACGUUACUCGUAGCUGUGAAUGUGUUGUGUUGUCGCACUUUUAUUUUGGCGACUGUGGCUAGAAUAAAGAAAUUUAUAAUAUUUUGAGAUACUGGAUUGAUUUGAUUUGUAUGACCUGUAAGCUGUAAUCGAGAUUCAAACAAACAAACAAACAAACAGGCUUGGAAUAUUACACUUUAUGUGUAAUGAAUUUAGAAUGUAUGAAAGUUCCACUUUUUGAAUUAAAUUACGGGAAAAAUGAAGCUUUCCACGAUGUUCAAAUUUUUUUGAGAUGUUUUAUGAUUUCUUGUCGUAGUAUGAUACCAUGAUAGUAGAUCGUUCGAGUUUGCCGUAUACAGGUAUAUUUAAAGGAAACGUCAGACAUUAUAGGUGCAUAUUCACUGACAGGCUGGGGUAUGCGAAGAAAACAAUUUCAUAGUGCUCUACUGUAUAUGGAAACAAAGACUCAAAGGAUUAAAUGGGGCGGUGCUGGCUUAAAUGUCCAAUCCCCAGCACCACCCUUGUGUAAGGCUUUAAACCCUUUAGUGAUAUUAGUGUGUUUGUAUGGAUAUCAGUUGUGGUUUGUAUAUGUGUAGUGAAUUUUGUGUGUGUGAACAGUUUGAAAGACAGAAAUGAUUUUGUACUGGGAAUCACAAAUCCCAUACGAGUCAAAGAAGGUUACUGCACUUUGAAGGUUUGGUAGUUAUGAUGCUGGUAAAAAAAAAAACAAAAUCCAAGUCAGUGAAAGUGGAAAAAAAAAUAUGAAUAUAUAAUAUUUCAGUGACCCUAGAUUGGUAGUUUUUGUUUUUUUUUUUGUUAAAUUUUGAUGCCAUGUCAGAUUUAAUGUUAAUCACUGACCUAUCAAAGACUGUAAUAAUAAGAAGGAAAGAUCGAUGUAUGAUGUGCUAAAGCCGCUGACUCACCUUUUACUAGGUGAAUGACUGAUUAAUUAUUAAACGUAGAUAUUCACA